AUGAUAGACACAAAGGAAACAAUUAUAAAAAAAUUUAAUACGGAAUUAGGAAGUGACAUAAAUGGACUUAAUAAAAUAUACGAACUUCACCAAUGUCUUAAUGCACAAAAAGAUGAAAUUGAAAAAUCCCUGUCAAUGGCAUCAACUGAAGCUCCUUCAAAAGUAAAAGCAGUUAUAGAAAGCGUUGAAAAAAUAAGUGCUGAAUUUCAACAAUUAGAAAAUACUUCUGCAGAGUUCAGAGGUAACAUACAAGAAACAAUGUAUGAAAAUGAAAGAAGUAUAAAAAUGCAGAAAAUUAUUGAUGUGAUAAGUUAUUUGGAUAAGUCUUUAUCAUAUUUGAAUUUCUUAAAAUAUGUUGAAAACAUUAGUGAUGAAAUACAAAUCUCUUUAACAAAUGGUGAUGAUGAAUCAACUAUCUCAUUAUAUACAGAUCUUACAAAUAUUAGUUGUCAACUACGACCAUCUACUUGCCAUUAUCUUCAAAAUUAUGUAAAAGAAACACUCCACUUUUGGCAUAAUCUCAUAAAGGAGAAAUUAUCUAAAGAAUAUAAUGAUAUAUUAAAAACAUUAAAAUGGCCUUUUUGUGGUAGUAAUGCAAAUUCAUUACAUACUCCUAUGCCAGAGAUAUUAAUGAAAUUUAAAAUGCUUACAGAAUAUUUAUUACAUUUACAGUUACCAGAAGAAUCUGCAAAAUCUGUAGUAACAUCAGUAUUAUUAACUGAUUUUACUCCUGUGAGUUUACCAAUUUCAUUGUUGGUACGACCACUUAGACAAAGAUUUAUAUAUCACUUCACAGGUUCCAAGUUAACAAAUCGACAAGAUAAACCUGAAUGGUUUUUUACUCAAAUAUUAACUUGGAUUAAAGUACAUAUACAGUGGGUACAAAAAAAUGUGCAACCUGCUGCAAAUACAAUAGGUCUUAAUCAUGUAGAUAUGAAGGUAGAAUUUAUGCGAGCUUUAGUACAAUUAGCAGUUGAGAAACUUCAUUCUGAAUUAUCAGUAGUACUGUAUGAUGAUGCCUUAUUUGCUCAUUUAGUUGAUGAAGCUUUAGGCUUUGAACGAGAAUUGAGAGAGACAUUAUUUUAUCCUCCGACUCAACCAGCUACAGUUUUUGUACUUACACAAGCUCAUAUUUUUGUUAAGUGGAUUAAUAUGGAAAAGAAAUAUGCAACUGAAAAAAUGGAUGCCAUUUUGAGCUCAAAUACAGCAUGGGAAAAAUUAUCGAGUUCUGAUAUUGAUGAUAUGAAAGUAACUGAAUGUGCAGAUGCAUUUCUAACACUACUUACCACAAUUUGUGAUAGGUACAAACAUUUACCUCAACCAGGACAUAGGUUACAGUUUCUUGAGUUACAAUUAGAAUUAAUUGAUGAUUGGAGAGUAAGAUUACUUCAGUUAUUACAUGAAAAUUAUGAAGAUCCUUUAACAUCCCUUAUGCCAUAUAUUCUUAAUACAUUACAUUAUGUUGCAACCAUUCUAGAAGAGUGGGGUGUAACAGUACAUUUCUUGCAAUUGUAUUUUUUCAAAAAACAAUUUGAAGCAGUUGAAACUGCUACAUUGAAAGGAAAUGAUAUUACUGGAAAUGUGGGAGAAAUUGAGGGUUCCGUAUUUGAUGAAGCUGUUGCUCUCUUAAGAAGAUUAGAGAAGGAAUUAAUAAAUGAAAUUAGUGAUUCUGUAGCUUUGGAUGUAAAGGCAAAAAGCAGGCCGUAUAGAACAGAUAAAUGGUUUGCAAUGCAAUCUACCAAAGAAGUGGUUUCAUUAUCUGUUACCCCAAGUGGUUAUUCUAUGUUUCAAGAAUUAGCGACACAACUUAAUUUAUUGCAUAAUACGCUUGCUUUACCACUAUUUCAACAAGCUUGGAAAAAUUUAGCUUCACAAUUCGAUCAAUUUCUUUUAGAGGAAGUUGUUUUAGUAAAUCAUUUUAAUACGGGUGGAGCUGAACAAUUACAGUAUGAUAUUUUCAGAAAUCUAUUUCCAUUAUUUGGCUUAUAUAUUAGUAAACCAGAAUCAUAUUUUCCCUUAAUUAAAGAAGCAUGUAUUUUAUUAAAUAUCAUGGCAGGAUCAGCUAUGUUACUUGUUGAAGCUCUCAAUGAUAGUGAUGAAGUUAUGGGAAAUGAAAUACUAGCAGAUAUUGGUGUUUAUAAAAUGUCCCCUGAACUUGCUUUAAAAGUCAUUGGAACAAGAACAAAUAUAACCUAUGCAUAAAAUAUUUUUAUCA